AUGGUAGCUGCGUCCGGGCGCCUGGUAAAAAACGAGGCGAUGUCUCGGGUGGAUGAGGAGACAGGGGCGCCGGAGAGAGAGAGAGAGAGAGAGGAAAAUAAUCUGUUUGUGGUCUGUGCCUCUUUUGAGGAGGUCUUCCCUCAGCCAGGACAGGAAGUGUUGGAGAUCUCUCCAGCCCUUACAACACAAACUGCCACUAUUUUACCAAUGGAUUGGGAUUUUGCCUUGCAGAAAGCAAACAUGAUGGAUCUGGGAAGAUGUGGAGUUCCUGAUGUUGCAGGAUAUACAGUAAUACAAAUUAAUUUGAAAUGGUCCUCCUCCAUCAUAAGUUACCAGAUUUUUAACUAUACUCCAGAUUUACCACCAUCAGAAGUAGAUAAUGCGAUACAAAAAGCCUUCAGAGUAUGGAGUAAGGUGACUUCACUUAAAUUCAUCCAGCUUCAGAAUGGAAUAGCAGACAUUAUGAUAUCGUUCGGUGUGAGAGAACAUGGAGAUUUCUUUCCUUUCGAUGGCCCUUCAGGUGUGCUAGCUCACGCCUUUCCUCCUGGUAACCAUAUUGGUGGAGACAUCCAUUUUGAUGAUGAGGAGACAUGGACUGCAGAUUUGUCUGGUUACAAUUUGUUUUCUGUGGUUGUACAUGAGAUUGGUCACUCACUGGGACUUGGACACUCUGGUAAUCCUCAGGCUCUUAUGUUUCCCUUCUAUACCUACUUGAGUUCAGAGGUCUUUAUUCUUCCGGAUGAUGACGUCCUGGGAAUACAGGAACUGUAUGGAAGGAAGUUCUGGGCUGUCAUUGGAUCGACCUCGCUCAGUGAAGGUCCCAGAGAUAUUGAUGAAUUUGGCAUGCCAACAUAUGUGCAGAAGAUAGACGCUGCUUUCCAUGAUACAGAGAAAGGAAGAACUUUUUUCUUUGCUGAAGAUCUGUGCUGGAGUAUUUAUCAGUCCAAACACAAACGUGAGAAAUAUGUCACCAACAGGACUGAGCAAAUCUGCUUUGGUCCAGUUCAUGAACAGUUUUGCGCAUCUUUCUUGAAGUUUGAGAACCUUGUGGGAAGCCCCAUUAAAGUCUAUGGGGGAUGA